CAUCACCAGCUGGGAGUCAAGGUCUCCCCCAAGGACAUUGAGAUGAAGACAGCAGAAGCCCCAACCCCGGAUCUUGGGCAGACCCUGGAGUGGCUGAGAAGAGAGCUGGCUGAGAUGCAGAUCCAAGACCAGAGACUCCUGCUCACGCUGAGGCAUCUUCACAGCAUCCUGGAGGAGCUGCGUGCUGACAGUACCCGCUGGGAGGACGCCAGGUCCAGCGGAGGGACGUCCCCCGUCAGAGCUCGGGCAGGCUCUGAAGGCAGGGGCCGCCAGCCCGUGUCCUCCAGGUGGCUGACCCAGCUCCUGCUGGGGGUAGACAGCAGACGAAGCUCCCUCCCUUAA